UAAAUCUACAUACAACGAGUGCCAAUUAAAAGUCAAAUAAAAACGCAUCUGUGUUACCGACGGCAAUUACAAUUUUCAAAACGCGUGCAUAUGUGGACGAAAUUUAAUGUAAAGACGCAUUAAGGAAUUAUUUGUUUCUGUUUUUUGUUUGUUUUUAUUUUGUAAAUCCGCCGGUAAAUGCGCUUGAAGCGAUAUGGCCGGCAAAUUAGUCAAUCCGGUUAUAAUCCAACUGAAGCACUUUAAAUACGGAAUAGUAGUUGUGAUGAUGACGCUGAUGAUGACGUCAUAUUAUGCAGCAUUUAGCAACAGCUUCCCGAAGGCAAUAUUAAAAUAAAUUUCGCUCGCACUACUAAACAACCUGGAAGGUGACUGGAAAGUGUCUGGCUGCUGCUGCUGGUGGUGGUGGGAAGAGUAUUAAAACAUGCCUCAUACACAUUCGCGUCAUGGUGCAUCCGGUGAUGAUUUAGGCAGCACCGACGAGGUAAAGAUAUUCAAAGAUGAAGGCGAUCGCGAAGAUGAGAAAAUAUCAUCCGAGAACCUUUUAGUCGAAGAGAAAUCAAGCCUUAUCGAUUUAACAGAGAGUGAGGAAAAGGGCAGCAAAACAGUGACGAGGCCGGAUCACAGUCCCGUAUUCAAUAAACUCGAGCCGCAUACACCUACCUUCAAUAUGGGCUAUUUGGUGUCUCCCUACUCAUAUGCUAAUGGUGCACCGGGUGGGCUGCCCGUAACAAUGGCAAAUAAAAUUGGGCUGCCUCCUUUCUUUUGCCACAAUGGAGAUCCGCUAACAACACCACCGCCCGCCCACUGUGGAAUACCUCCCUAUCAGCUGGAUCCCAAAGCAAUUGGUCUUACACGUCCAGCUUUAUAUCCAUUUGCUGCCAGUCAAUAUCCUUAUCCGAUGCUAAGUCCCGACAUGUCUCAAGUAGCAUCCUGGCACACACCGUCGGUUUACUCAGCAUCUAGUUUUAGAACACCUUAUCCCUCCUCAUUACCGAUAAAUACAACGUUGUCCAGCGAUUUCCCAUUUCGAUUCUCACCGAGUUUGUUGCCUUCUGUGCAUGCCACACCGCAUCACGUUUUAAGUUCGCAUCCGGCAAUUGUGGCGUCUAGUUCUAAACAGGAUUGCGGCGUACAGGAUAACACAACGAACAAUCGAUAUUCAAGAAACUUGGAUAUGAAAAGCUCAUCGAAUUCGCAGGGAAAUAGCAACGAUUGUAAGGAUAGUUCCAGUAGUGAUAAAAAGAAGCCGCAUAUCAAGAAACCUCUAAAUGCAUUUAUGCUCUACAUGAAGGAGAUGCGUGCCAAGGUCGUCGCCGAGUGCACACUCAAGGAGUCGGCGGCGAUCAAUCAGAUACUGGGGCGACGGUGGCAUGCGCUGGGCCGCGAGGAGCAGGCGAAAUAUUAUGAGCUGGCCAGAAGGGAGCGUCAGCUGCACAUGCAAAUGUAUCCCGAUUGGAGUUCGCGCACAAAUGCCACACGUGGCAAGAAGCGGAAACGGAAACAAGAUGCAAACAGCAGCAACAGCAGCGAUGCAGGCGGCAACAAUAUGAAAAAGUGUCGAGCGCGUUUCGGUUUGGAUCAGCAAAAUCAGUGGUGCAAACCCUGCAGACGCAAAAAGAAAUGCAUUCGUUAUAUGGAAGCGCUAAAUGGAAAUGGCGGCGGCAGCCAUGAAGAUGGCAGCGGUAUGGAUGACACUGGAAAUCUGAGUCAGAUGAGCGACGAUGACGAGGACGAUGAUGAUUUGAUCGGUGGCGCCGGCGACAUCAGCUGCGGCAGCGGUGACGAAACGGAAACUACAACAACAACGACGACGACGACGAAUAAAAUACCAGCGGAUAACGAGGACAACGAAUCAAUGAGUCAAUCGCUUUCCAGUCCGGGCUGUUUGAGCGGCCUUUCCAGUCUGCAGAGUCCCUCGACAACGGCCAGUUUGGCCAGUCCACUUAACAUGAACAUGUUAACUAGUCCAGCGACGCCAGCCGUCGGCAGCAACAGCAGCAACAACAAUAUGCUCUCCCUCUCGCUCUCACUGGCAGUGGCUGAGAGCAAUAAUAACAGCAGCAGUCAACAGCCGUCAAGGUUAACAGCAACGGCGGGCACGACUUCCAGCAGCGGCGGCUCUUCGAGCAGUAGCCUUAACAGCAGCAGCAAUACCCCGAAUACCUCAACAACAACAACAGUAACAAGCACUGCGUCUCCGGCGACGUCUGCAGCAGCGUCAACGUCAGCGUCUGAGCGAGCCAUGAUGCUUGGCACACGCUUCAGCCAUUUGGGCAUGGGCCUCAGCCUGCAGGCAGCAGAGCAGCAGCAGCAGCUGUUUCCAGCUGCUAAUAGCAGCAGCAAUAACAGCGCCAGCAGCAAUAACAGCGCCAACCACAAUAACAGCAGCCUGCUACCUACGAACGGUUUUAGCGGGUACGCCUGCUUAAAAAUAACAGCGCCAACAGCAGCGACUUCACUGCCGCUCGCCGCUGCCAGCAGUUUGCAUCGCAAUCCAAUUGGUGCGAAUCCGCGGGACAUAAACAAUCCGCUGAGCAUUAAUCAGCUGACCAAGCGGCGAGAGGAGCACAACAAUAUUGCAUUAAUCGCUGAGGCGCAACAACAGCAGUCAAUUUUGCGACACAAUCCCUAUGCGCAUCAUCAACAGCAUGCACACCAGCAUACACAUGCACAACAACAUCUACAUCAGCUUCCACACCAGCUUCCACACCAGCAUACACAUCAACAUGCGCUCGCGCAUGCUCAUCACUCAUUAUUCGGCAGCAGUCUGAGUCAACAUUUUCAGCAACAGCUGUUAGCAGCCUCUAACAGCAGCAACAACAGUAACGUUAACAGCAGCAGCGGCGGCGUUAGCUCAGUUAACAACUCUGUCAUUGUGCCAGCGAUCGAUGCGCCGACAUCUUUGACUAAUAUAAAGCGUCGCAAUACAAACGAUCCGCCGCCGGCGACAGCCAAUGGCAAUGCAGCUGAAACGGGCGCCAUAAGCGUUUCAUAGCAGGCUGGAAUAUGCAUAAUAAUAAUAUCAACGUGCAAUAAGUACAACAUUCUCUACCACUCUCUCUCACUCUCUCUCUCUCUCUUUGUCUGUCAAAGCCAUCGUCAUAACGUGUAACAUGUGGCCAUUAAUAUUAAUUGGAAAAGUACCAAAAGCUACAUGUAUACCCUGUAUGUAUGUAUGUACCUUGUACCCGGUACACCAUUUGUACAUUUAAAGACCAGCAAACGAAUUUAGUAAGCGAAACAAACGAAAAACAAAAAUCAUAAUUCCAGUGUGAACUAGUCCUGCUAAACACACUCACACACACAUGCACACACCUAAAAAAUUAGCUAGAGCUCUGAAUACAAAAUAAACCUUAUAUAUAUAUAUA